ACCGCGUUGCUAUCGUCAACUAAGUCUAAGAGCAGAAGAACGACCGCGACAGAAUUACAGAAUGAAAUCAGACCCCAAUUAAUGUUUUAAGGAGGACAUACCCGUCUAGAAAAGCAGAAUGGAGGCACCGGUUUCUCAGCAGAUGAGUCAUGCGGAUGACGGUCAUCAGCUACAAACCGGUUUGACUACUGCCGAUGGCACCACACCGUACAGCUACACAGAUCCUGAGUUCCAAUCACCGGCAGCAGGAGGAGGGAAUGGCUACCCCGCUAGCUUCCCUCAGUACUCGGCGGAACCCCCUGCAUCAUCGUAUCAUCCAGAUAGUGGCUGGCUAGGAGCUAGUGGCUUGGGUUAUAAUAGUGAAGAAGAUGCCUGGUCUCAGAGCGAUAUAUCCCUAGUUGGACCUGAAGAAAGCCUUAUGGAUGAAAAUGGGACCAAUCCAUCCGAAACUCUGAAGAAAUUCUCAAGAGAUGACAAGUUAAGGAUGUUAGCCCUGAGACGUCACCUCGAUAACCUUGAUUGUCAGCUCCGGGAUCAAGAGGACAUAGUCGAUACGACUAGGGAGGAACUCGACAAGAGUAGAACGAGUCUUGAAGCGCUGACCUUGGAACGUGAUCAUGUCAUGAUACAGCUCGAUAUAUGCCAGAGGGAUGGCCACUCUGCUAACAUGUAUAGACUACAGAGCAAGUUAGACAAGCUAGCCAAAGAAUUGGGAGCAGAGGCGAUCUUAGAAGCACAGAUCAUGGAAAGACUCGAUAAGGCUGAGUUGCAGCUAUCCCGGUUUGAUCUUGAGCGAGGCAAGUACCUGCUAGAAGAAGAGGAACUUGGGAAGAAGGAAGCUGAUCUAGAGUUGGAGAGGAAGGCUAAUGCUGCCAGGAGAGCCCAGAAGGAAAGUAAAUAUCUGUCACAGGCGGAGCAGAGGAGAAAGAUCAGAGACAGAGACCAUAUAGAGGCUUUGAUGGAACAUGAUAGGAAGCAUAGGGAGGCUGUGAACGCUGCCAAGAAAAGCCAAGAAGUCGCUUCUCAAUACCUCAAACAAUCCUUGGCAAGAUAUCGUCAGGAAGAGGCUGAUGAAUUUGAAAGAGAGAAAGCUCAUGCCGAUAAAAGAAUGGGCACUUUGCUUAAACUCAAGCAAGACAUCAGCUCCAAUAGGGAGAACCUCCGUGCUCUUCAAGCUCGUAAUCGCUAUGAAGCUAAACUGGAGCGGAAGGAAACUGAGGAUGAGAAAGAUCAGCUGAUCACCGGAGGGGAGAAUGCACCUGAAGUCAUGCUCACUAAACAAAGGAUUGAUGAAAGAGAGAAGAGUAGAAAGAAAUAUAAAGCAGAACAACACCAGAAGCAAGCCAAGCUUCUCUCGCACAUCCUGAACGAAGAAAAACAGAUGAAGAGAAGACAAAAGAUGUAUCCUCACGUAUUUGAAGAUCCCAAGUGGGAGAAAUCGUUGAGGGUGAAGCCGCAUAAACGCAAGUCACCGACCAUCCUUAGAGAAAUGGCGUCACCCGAGAUGGAUGCCUCUCAAGGAGAUUAUGAUGAAGAAAUGACUGGAGAGGGAGAGGCUGGCGGAAAGAGGGAAGGAGCCAUUACCAUCACGGAGGAGAUGCUUCAGGAUUCAUCAGACGAGGAAGGAGAAGACUUCCUGUUCGGAGGAUCGUCUGGUGUUGCCAUGGCGAUGGGUACGGUGGAGGAUCCCAUCAAGGAAGAUCUAGCCAAGCCUGAGUUUGAAGGGUUGUGGAAUAAGCAACACAAAGCUUACAAGAUUCCAAAGGAUGAGGAGAAGACGUAUACACUGAAUUACCCCAGUAAAAUGGAGAAGGAGAUGAUGGCCGCUGCUCUUGAUAAACAUCGAUCGGGGAUAGUCAAGAAACAGAUUGCAGCCGGAAGAGAAUUUAAAGGAUGUGCAUUUGUCAGUAAACCUGAGACAGUCCACUUUAAGGAUUUUGAUGUUGGUAAGCCAUACAAGAAGAGGAUUAUCCUGACUAAUAUCUCCUACAGCGUUAACUUCCUCAAAUAUGUGGAUUUAUCAGAACAUCUUAAAGACUUCAUUGAUGUACAAUUUGAUCCACCUGGCCAGAUGUCAGCUGGUAUGAGCUGUGAAAUGCUUGUCACAUACAAACCAAUGAUCAAUGAAGACCUUGAAGGCGAGGUGCAAUUCUUGGCUCAGACGGGUCCUUUCUGCGUUCCUGUUAAGUGCUCUACAAAGAAAUGUGAUCUGUCGAGUGAUGUAGACUCUGUGAAUUUCGGGACCCAGGUGAUUGGAGAGACCUUGAAGAAGACUAUCACCCUGUUCAAUAAAGGAGCUAAGGGAUGUAACUUUGAAUUCAUCAAGACCACAGGUCUGAAAGCAAGAACUAUAACAUCAGCAGGGACAUCACUUGGGAGAAUGACCACUGCCGAAGAGACGGUUUUAGAAGUAGAAGUGAAAGAACCUACUCCAAAGAAAGGAAAGAAAGGAAAAAGCAAGAAGAAAGACGAUGACAAAGCCAAAGCAAAAGCUAAACCCAAGCCAACAUCAGAGACACCAGUAGUAGAUACAGUCCCAGGUUCAUCACCAAGGAAAGAAGAGAUAAGAGAUGAAGAAGACGGAGGAGAUCACUUAGAUGUUAAUGAAGAUGAUAAAGGAGAGAGGCUGGCAUUGUCAGGACGUAGCAAGAAGUCAGUUGUCAUCGUAAGGGAAGAUGAUGAUGAUGAUGCUAUCUCUUUAGACGAUGAUGAUGAUUUAGGACCAGGAGGAUUAGAUGGGAUGAGAUGCGGUGAAGUGACUGGAGGCGAGAUCGGGCCAUUCUCAUCCAUUAAACUAGAAAUCAUCUUUGCUCCUCACACCCCCGGCAAAGUUGACGUGGACUUUGAAAUCAGAUUUACUGAUGAAGAUUCCCAGACAAUCGAUAUCAAGGGAUAUGCCACAGCCAUAGAUGUGCCGGUGUGGGUAGAAAGACAGACAAUAGACCUCAAGAUUUGCAUGUUUGAUCGGCUCUACCAAGACGCGAUCGUUGUGAACAACCGGGCAACAACGGCGCUGCGUCUCCUGUUUGAGGUGCAGAAGGAGCUUAGGAAUUACAUGGAGAUCCUGCCCAAGACGGCCUACAUCCAAGCUCAAUCACAGUUCUCAGCCCAGCUUAAGUUUCUGCCAAGGCAUAGUCUUAUAAAGGAUGCUGCCAAGUUCUUUGACGAGGAGACUGGCGUCCUUGAAGUCCCUACUAUUAUCAAAGUCGCUGAUCAGACCCGUCCAGUUCCCUUCACCAUAAGCGCUGUCGUCACCAAGUCUGACUUUGAAUUUGAUGUCGAUUCCAUCGACUUCGGUUUCUGUACCAUCUACGAGUCGGUCAUCGCAACCGUCAAGCUCACCAACACUUCUGUUCUCUCUCAGAAAUUUGGUUUCGUCAAUUUACCGGAUUUCAUUGAUGUGCAACCAAAUGAGGGCUUUGGAACCCUGUUACCGUUUGAAACCAUUGAACUGGACAUUAUCUUCAGUGCUCAGAAGGCUAAAGAAUAUAGCUUUGAGUUGACCUGCAAGUCGGGCAUUAACAGAGACUUCAAGAUCUCCUGCAGGGGUGUAGGAGUUCACCCUCCCCUUGAUCUUUCUCACUCUGUGAUUCACUUCGCUGCCACUGCUCUAGAGGAUACCUCCAUCACAUCCCUGUACAUCCUCAACACGCACACCAACGCUAACGAGUUCACUCAUCCUGUACCUCGUAUCGGGAAGGGAGAGAUCGCCCCGGUAGGACCCACGUCCUUUGAGUUCGUGGUGCCCAAGGGAGCGCCGAUCGCCAUUUCUCCCUCGGUCGGUACACUGCAACCGGGAAAGAAAAGCUGUAUCUCUGUGAAGUUCAGUCCAAGCCUCGGUGAUGCCGAGAUCCGAGAAGAAGCCGUGAGACUGGUUACAAGGAAUCAAGAAGCCCAAGCCAGGAAGGAGUUCGAGGAAGCUCAGUUAGCUGCGAAGAGGAACGCUGCGGAAGCUGAGGAAGAAGAAAAGAAGGGUAAGAAACCGGCCAAGAAACCCGCUCAGAAAUCAGCAGGAAAGAACAAGGGAGGCAAGGGUAGCGCCGGUCUAACCAGACCCAGAUCGGUGGUCCCACCGAAACCAGAUGAACUAGAUCCAAUGAGUGGUGAUUAUGCAGCCGGGAAGGCCUCAUUAUUGAGACAGUUUGAAGGUGAUUUUAGAAGCUAUUCUAUCCCAUGCUAUGUGGCUUCAGGAAUGACUGCAAAUCCUGGUACACUACCUUAUGAUGUUCACAAUGCGUUAUUCUUGGAGGUGCAUUGUCCAGCGGUGCGUCCAUCUCUGGUAGUGAUAUCAAACCAUGGCCGUAGUGUGGUGGACUUCAGUGAGGUGUCCGUCGGUCAGCGGGUCAUCAAGUCUAUUACCGUCCAGAAUGUGUCUCCUGAGGCUGUAAAUCUCCAAUCAUCUGUUCUAGACACCGGCGGUCCAUUCUUAAUGUUGAAUGCUUUGCGUAGCCUAGCACCAGAUGAAACACACACCAUUCUAAUUGCCUUUGAACCAAUGAAAGCUAACUUAUUCUAUGAAGUGCUUGAUGUCAAGUCCGGUGAACACACGCUUGGUAUCACUAUGAGAGGUCAUGGUCUAAUGCCGGAGGUCAAGCUCUCUCUGGCCGAUGACCGACUGGACAUGGGAUACGUCAUUGCAGGAGAGGAAGCAGAGGAAACAUUCAAGCUGGAGAACAUGUCAUCAUUCGCUAUUGAUUAUCGUAUCCUGUUGGAUAGUCUGUCGUACCAGAAGCAGCUUAGCCAACGUGAGCUGCCUGUAUUCAUCAAGAGAGAUAAUAAGAAUGUCGUAGGGCCAGCCAACUAUGAUGGAAGAAGUGUCUUUGAUUGUACUCCGUCCGAUGGUACACUUCAACCAGGCAAGAAGGUUGAGAUCCGAGUGUUGUUUCGACCUGACCAUGCCAGCGGUCUCUUCUCCGAUAUGGCUCGCGUUCAGUUGUUUGGGAAGCAGGAAGCCCAUGCCAUUCAUUUGAAGGGCGCGGCUAAGACCAAGGUCAUGUUCUUAGAAGGUCUUGAUGAGAUCUGUCCUACCGUUGAAUCGCUCACGUUACUACCGGCACCAGAAGAGGAAGAGGUGGUUGAUCCGAAGGCUGUACCUCCAUCGAUCCCAACGUUACUAAGUUUCAAAGCUUUGAGUGUCGACAAGGAGAUCAAACCUGCUACCAGACAGUUACACAUUGGGUGUAUCAAGAGUACCGCACCUACUCAGAAAAAGAAUGGAGAAUUCUUCUUUGACAAUGCAGCAUCUCUGAGCGUCCAAGGCUUCCAGGUCGAACCUCAGCGAGGGAUGGUCGAAGCAGGGAAUACCAAACCUGUCACGUUCACAUGGACUCCGCCUAAAGGUCAUGACCCUAAUCUCCCGAUUGAAAGCAGUAUCAUCAUCAACCUCAAAGGGGACAUCUUAGAAAGAUACAACAUUCUCCUGAGAGCACUGGUGGUCUCAGAAUGAUUUCAUUUUUCCGUCAACAAUUUAUAGAACCGUCUCUAAUAAGUCUGAUGAAGCAAUGAUAAUUCUUGUUUCGAGAUAUCCUUCUCAUUUGUAAUAUUUUGGAUCUGGUGGGUGUUUCAUAAUACUGUUUAUAAUUUGCAAGGGACUUUAUGAAUGACUUGUGAUCCUAUCUUGUGGUAAUUGGUAUGUACCAAAUUUUUAUUGAUGUUUAUUUAGCGCUGAAGAAAGGAUAACCAGUCGUUGGUAAAGUCACUCAUUAUUAUGGACAGCUUUAUGAAGCAUCUACCUGGAUGGAUGCGGCUCAACACUCCUGAGGAGUAAACAUGAGUAAGGAUGGGUGACCCUAAAAAAUAAUAAUAGGGCAAUUCUGUAAAAAUAAUCAACCUUUUUGUACAUCCGACUCCUAUUUUUCUAAAGUUUUUAUUCACUUCAUAAACUGCCCAAGUCAUGAUCGUUUGAGAGCACUACAGACUGUCAAAAGAACCAGAAAUCAGAGACGGAACAUUUCACGAAGGUCUCAUGUAUUUUAUGGAAUUUCCCAAUAUAAAUUAAUACCAUUGGCAUUUUUGUUCUCACCAAGCUUUUCAAGAGUAUACGGUUGGCAGAAAUGUAGCCAAGGCUGGUACUUUUGACCUACAAGGCUCCUGGAGAAUACUUUCUCCCAUAGGUUUUGUAUAUGUGACUCAGCCGAAGGCAAAGGCCAGCAAAAUAUGGCCUGGAGGCCGCAUAGACUACUUCCCUUAUCGCUUAUAAUUUUUCUUGAUUCAAAUGAAGUUUUUGUUGUGGGUGGAUGUUGCCUUUGAACAAUCUUUUCCCUUGCAUGUUGCUGCUGCAUUGUGCGUUGUAUGCUUCCCUUACAUUGAAUGAGCUACUUUGCUUGCGUAAGCAGUAAUGAACAUCUAGAUUUGGUCGAAAUUCAGUUGGGCAUGUCAUAAAGCUGUUUGUAAUUUACAAACGAGUGGAUGGUACAUUGUAACUCUUUCUUGCGCCAAAUCCGAUUCUCAAUGCAUACUCUCAUCAGGUAACCCUUUCUUGCGCCAAAUCCAAUCCUCGAUGCAUACUCUCAUCAGGUUUAGGUGAAUUCCAGUCAACAUACAAUUUACAAAUUUCAUUGUAUAUCCUAAUGUAAAAAGUGAAUUACUUCUAAGAAGGGUAAUCACCAUAACCUCAAAAUCAGGAUUUGAUAAUUCCAUGUAAAUUUAGAGUGUUUUUGAUAUUUUCUUUUUUGUGGAUUCAUCACCAACCCAUUUUGUAUUUCUGCCAUUUUAUUGCGAAAAAAAUGGGAUACUUUUUUUGUACUGUUUGAUCCCAAAUACCGGUACUUCUAAUAUUUUUAUAGGUAUAGGCCUCUGCACAUGGGAAAGGGCAAGAAAAGAACACUAUUCACUGUGAAGUAUUAUUUCAUUUCAUGGAACAUAUAUUAUAUAUUUCAAAUGUUUAUGAUAGAAUUUUAUCCAACAUUAAGAUGUACAUAAUUAAACAUGUAUAUAAUCCUGUCCUUUGUAUUUAUAUGUACAAUAAUAAACUGACUUAUAAUGUAAAUUAACUAUGUACAAUAAUGUAAUUGCUUUAUGUACACAUUAUGUGUGAAUGACCUGUAUGUGUAUAUUUGUUAAAUAAAAUUAAUUUCUUGUCUCGC